ACCGAAUGAGAAGCAGGCAGAGAAGGAUGAGACAAGGAGAGGACAGUGAGAGACAGAGGAGGACAGACCGAGGCAAAGAAGAGGGACAAAACAAAAUGAGGUCCAAUCAUGGAAGUGUGGACUCGGGACAGAGGGGACAGCAGGAGCGUUACCUGGGCUGUCUCACAAAGCAACAGCUCAUCAUCUUAUGUCUGACCGUGGGACUUGUUAUCCUGCUCACUCUCAUCACAGUUACUGCUGUGCUGCUCAACAAAGAGUCAGGUUCUCCUGUUCCCAUUACUGGUGCAGACAUGCUGGACUACCUGGUUCAGUCCGGUAACAUCAGCCAACCUGACGGUCUCUUGGCAACAUGGUUUCACAGGGCCAACAAGGAGGAGGAGAUGAACAAAGCUUUAGCGAGUGACGCCAUGGUCCUGGAGGCUGACGUCACCGUGAAGGGUCUUGGGACGCCCAGUGAAGAGCCAAUCCCCAUCAUGGCUCAUCCUCCUGACAUCUUCAGUGACAACACUCUGGACCAGUGGCUGGACGCUGUGUUGCCCUCAAAAAAAGGGAUUAAGUUGGAUUUCAAGAGUUUAAAGUCAGUGGGUUUGUCACUAGACCUGCUUCGUCAGAAGAACAGCGACAGAGGUAUAAACCAGCCUGUGUGGCUCAACGCAGACAUCCUACGAGGUCCAAAUGUCCCGGGCUUUCUGCCACCAGUUAAUGGAACUGUAUUUCUGCAGCUGAUUCAGGAGAAGUUUCCACAUGUGACUUUAUCUCCUGGAUGGAAGGUGGCCUACGGUCCUCCACUCUUCACUGAAUCCUACAACAGGUCCAUGGUAGAAGAAAUGUACAGUCUCAUCAAAGACGUCCCACAGAGGGUAACAUUUCCAGUCCACGCCCUGUUGGUCCGCGAUGGCUGGCAGCACCUGAGCUGGCUCCUCAAUCAGUCUCCACGGUUCAGUCUGACCUUGUGGCAGGGGUCAAAUCAUCCAAAUAUCAGUGACCUGCUGUUUGUCCGUGACAACACCCACCACACCAGAGUCUACUAUGAUAUUUAUGAACCGACGCUGUCUCAGUUUAAAGAAGCUGCAGGGCUGCAGGGACGUGUGAGGACGUUCUACCCUGGAGGAGACCUGAUGGACUUCCUGUGUCCAAACCACGAUUCGGACACCAGCUUGUCCAUAGCAGUCACACAGUGCAGCAGCCUGAAUGUCCACUGGUUCACAGUCACUGACCGCACGUCCUUACUGGCUCAGCUCACAGUUGGUGCCGGAGAAGGAGGAGGUAUGUUGGUGGUGCGGAUGUUUUCUGACAACACACGACCUGGUGUGAUUCUGGUGGAAGGUUCUGGAAAGAGCUUGCAGCCCCUCACACUGCAGGACGUCCUGCAGCUGCUUGAACAGAGUGUUGAUGCUCGCUGGGGUCUUUACCUCCGAGUUCACACACAGCAGCUCCUGGAAGCUUCUCUCACUGUGGUGAGUUCAGCUUACAGCAGAGGGACGCUCUACAGGCCUGUGUGGAUCAACGUGGACAGUUUACAGAGCAGCGAGUUUGUGUCCACAGUAGAGAGGCUGUUCCCGUACGUUACCAUCGUCCUGACACAGCACAGCUGGCCUCCUCACGUCCCAGCGUCAGUGGCAGGAUUGUCUCAGAGAGUGGCUCUACAUCUGAUCACAGCAUCACUGCCGGAGGGACACCGGGGACUUCACUCUGUCGCAGCACUGAUGGACAGAUAUGACCUCAUAGUGGAGGAGGACACAGAGAGCGGUGCUGAAACUUUAGACGUCUUGAAAGGACUGAAGAGUCGGCGCACGGGCGGAGCAAACACAAACCUGUAUGUGAUCAGUAAACAAUCCUGAGCAGA